UUUAAAUUCUUUUUAUAUAGAUACUCUGAUAAUAAUGCAGAUGUUUCAAAUUUACAAGAUUACAAAGUUUUAUUACUUCAUACGAAACAAGCCCAGGAAAGAAUUCGAGAAUUUGAUCGACUACGAAAAGCGAGGCAUCUUUUAGAUGCUAUUUCUUUAGUAAAUGAUUUACUUGCUGAUGGUUCUGAAAUAGAAAUACUAACACUUGCUAGAAUAAUAAUAAGAAGAUUAAAUAAAUUAGGUGUGACAAUGGAUAAAGAAGAUGAACAUUGGUACAAAAAUGGAAGACUAUCAACUUUAAAACUUACACAUAAUGGUAUUUAUCAUUGCUGCACAUUCUGUUCUAGUGGUGGCAAAAAGGAAAUAAUUUGUGGCUGUAGAGGUACUAUGCCUGGUGGAUAUAAAGGUUGUGGUCAUGGACAUAUUGGACAUCCAGGUGUUGACCAUUGGUCUUGUUGUGGAUCUAUAUUACGUAACGGACGCUGCUUAAUGAUACGAAAAACUAUGCAUCAACUUACAUUGUAAGUCUUAAUA